UUAGUCAACUCCAUGUCGUGACGAAAUAACAGUGUUGUUUUUGUGACUUUCUGACCUGGAGUUUAGCCACUUGAAAAAAAAGCAAAGCAAUCAAGAGGCUUGUGAGGGAAUCUAUCGCAGCUGUCCACGUCACGAGAAUGUGUGUUGCCCUGAGACUGGUUUUUUACAUCGGCCUGAUUUCUCCAUCGUCUUUGAUUUUAGCUUCUAACUACAACGAUACUGCUCGUCUCUAUGCGGACAUACUCAAACCGUUCGACAACAGAAUACGGCCUGUGAUUAACCAGUCAGAACCCAUCACCGUUUACUUUCAAAUGUUCCUUCUCAAUAUACUGAACAUCGACGAACUCACACAGCAGGUCGACUUAAACGCAUGGAUCAACUUCUCGUGGGUGGAUGAGCUUCGAACCUGGGACCCUAGCAACUAUAAUGGGAUAUCGUCGAUUCACCCCAUGCCCCUGGACACUUGGAGGCCUCGGAUUCUCGUGUCCAACUCAGUGGCCAAACGAGACUUGUUCGAGGAUGACUACACUCCGCUCUACAUUUCGUCUGAUGGUAGGUCAAAGUGGUUUCCCGGAACAAUCUUUUCCAUUUCCUGUGACCUUGACAUCCGGUAUUAUCCUUUCGACAGUCAGACGUGCACUAUGUCAAUGAUGACGCAAGACUUCGGUACAAACGUCAAGCUUCACCCAGAUCCCUCGACAUUGAUGACCGGCAACUUCAAGCGGAACGGAGAGUGGGACCUGGUGAGCACUCGGGUCACACCCUCAACAAUUCUUUUCCCCGGUGCGUCUUUUUCCAUCCUGACGAUAGACAUAAUUCUAAAGCGCAAGCCAGUGUUUUUCGUGGUCAAUAUUUUGGUCCCGAUAAUGUUCAUAUCGGCUAUCUCCUCUAUCGUGUUUAUUCUCCCGGAAGACAGCGGCGAGCGGGCGUCUUUUGCGAUCACAAUGUUGCUGUCUUUGUCUGUGUUUUUGAGCACGGUGUCCAAUCAGCUGCCACAGAACUCUGAAAAUUUCCCCAUUAUCAUCAGUUACCUGUUUUCUUUGUUAAUUCUCAGCGGUACCACUGUCAUUGCCACUGUCUUACACCUGCGGUAUCGCCAGAAGAAAAAGGAGUCAACUCCAGACUCUGAUGGAAAUGACGCAUGCUAUGAUGGCCCUGUGCUGUCUGCUGGUCGCAAACGACACUUCCAUAAUGCCAGUGUACAACCGGCAUGGGGGAGGGGAGAGAAGCAGUUGGCGGCAAUUUCUGAUGGUGACCAAUCUUUUCAAACACAGGACUUUACUCAAAGGAAAAUUUCUUUAAUUUCAAAUGACGAUGUGGCACUGGCAAGAGAGACAACAACUGGUCAUGUCAAACAGGCGAAUGACUCUCAAGUAUACUCAGUUGUGAUGGCGUACCUUAAAGAUUCCAAUGUAUUGCUCUUUGUCUUUUUCAAUACUGCAUGGCUGAUCUUAACAACUUACUUUUUAGUCGAGUUGAUGAGUUAGUGAAACUCAAACUUUUUACGAAGUCAGACCCAAAAGCUCAGAUAGAUGUAAAUGAUUAUGAACAUUUCACGCCCGCAUCAACACAUUUUGAUAAAUUCGGGGUGCGCUGCUUUGAUUCUGUGUAUCAGACCCAGCCCGGGUUAAAUGGGAUAAAGCAUUCAAGCAUAAAGUGAUAAAGUGCAGUCGAAUUUGUCCGACACGGCCAUCCAUUGUCGCGGUGAAUGGUCAUCUUAGACAGUUGGUCCUCAUGUAUAGUGUCACUGUAAUAUAGAACCUAAUCUGGAAGCCGUGCUCUCUGUCUACAGCAAUUCUCAAUAAAUAUUUGUUGUUUUUUCAUAUUCCCUGACAGACGAACAUGUUCGACCUACAGUAUGUCAUCCCCUAGUCUGUCGUUACGUUUUGCUUUUCUGUCUAGUUCCCCAUCAGAGAGUUGUGAGAAGUAACUAGUCUAGUUUUCUGUGACAACAGGGACAUUUUCUGAGGUAGCUUUUUGUUGUAAGCCUUUGGAACGUUUAUGGGUAUCUUCGGUUAAAUCGAUAGUGCCUCAAAGUAACUACAAUAUUAUGUUCAUAGCAUUCAUUUGGAUGUCAAGGUUAAAACCUCCUGUAAAGAGUUCGUUCUUGUUUACCCGCAGCAUAACAUGUACGGCCCCAUACGGGCGCAGUGUCUCCCUGUUCUUAUGGAGUUUGUCAGGACAUCUUCAAGAAUAAGUCGGGGUUGUUUUGGAGCGGAAAAGCAAGUCCAGGCUCUUGGGACUUGUUUUGCUGAGACUAGAUCUAGGCCUCUUUCUUUCUUUCUUUCGUUCUUUCUUUCUGUCUUUCUUUCUAGGUGUUUUCCGACGACUCCAACAACGAACUCCAUUUUGUUCUACCGUUUAAGUUGUUUUCGUUUCCUAGGUUGUACCCGUCUGCUAUCUGAUGGCAUCUUACCAACUUUUUUUGGAUCUUCCUCUUGAUAUUUUUUCUGUUAUUGAUCUCCAUUUAAUGCAUUUUUUUGUCCAUUGGUUGUUUUUCUCUCGGCCGAUGCGGCCAGCACAUUUUGAUUAUUUUAUUUUGAUUGAAGUACACAUAUUUUGGUAUCUGCUACUCCUGUUUGUACGUAGGCCUUGCGAGUUAAAAAUUCGAAAGUAGUGAAACAAAAAAUCACGAGCCUUAUGAGGUUGGAAAUAUUUAUUUUUCAAUUCUCAAUUAGCCGAGUAGAGAAAAAAAAGAUGUCUUUGAUAAAUCAACUAAGGGGCAGCAUGCUAGCAGUUAUUGGGACAGAUGCAGGGACUGGUAACUGGUAAUCACGGAUGUUGCUCUCAUACAGUUACCAUAAUGAUAUCUGAUUAGACCCGCAUGAUCACGGAAAGGAUGAGAUACCACGUAAUAAAACUCUUUCAUGAAACAAAA